CAAGUCUUUCAAGCGCUCUAUCAACAAUCUGACUAUACAUCGAUAACCAAUGAAUUCGAGUGAACUAAAGCAAGAUCUUUAUCCAUUCGAAAUCUUACGAACAGUAGAUGAAGUAAGAAAAUGGGUAAAUCAAGCACGAUCAAAUCAACAAACUAUUGGUUUUGUACCUACGAUGGGAUGUCUUCAUGAAGGACAUCUUCAAUUAGUUAAACAUUCAGUAUCUUCAACUCAUCGAACCAUUGUUUCGAUUUUUCAGUAAUCCAACUCAAUUCCGUGAAGGAGAAGAUUGUAAUACGUAUCCUUAAACGAUUGAAUCAGAUUUAACUGUACUUUCUAAACUUUCUAUUCAACCUAAUUCAAUGAACAUUCCUACUUAUCUUUGAUGGAACUUCAAUCGAUUCUCAAAACUUAUCAACUUCAAAAACAUCAGACCAAAUGCAUCGAAAAGUCUCAGCAGUCUUCUUACCAACCGAAGAAAUCAUUUAUCCAAACGGAUCUAAACUCACCACAAUAGUAGAUGUUCAAUCUUUAUCAAACUUAUUAGAAGGAGAAAGAAGACCAGGGUUUUUUAAAGGAGUAGCCACAGUAGUGAUGAAGUUUUUUUCUAUGAUUGAACCUACUUUAGCAUUCUUUGGUCAAAAAGAUUUACAACAAGCUAUUCUUUUAAGAAGGAUGAAAUCAGAUUUACAUUUGAAUUAUCCUAAAUCUUUGAUUAUCAUUCCUACCGUUAGAAUGGAAUCGAAAUUAGCAUUGAGUAGUAGAAAUGGAUAUCUUUCUAAAGAAGAACUGGAUAAAUCGAUUUGUUUGUUUAAUGCACUUUCUAAGGCUGCUAGUUUUACUCAACCUUUAUCAAUUGAUUCGACUAUCAGUUUUGAAGAACUCGAAACCAUCGCAAAGGAAACCGUGGAGAAAUAUGAAGGAAUCAAGCUUGAGUUUUUUUCAAUCAAUGAUCCGAUUUCUUUCAAAAUGUUAGAUACUAUCAAACCUUUACAACCAAUAGCACUCUCUGGCUCAAUUCUGGUUGGCGAUAGACCAGUUCGUUUGAUUGAUAAUCUAGUCUUUCAUCACGAUCUCAAUAACGGUCUGAAAUACGAUCCUUCAACUUAACCAUUGGAAGUUGAUGGGAAGUAUUAUGCCAUGAUCUCGUACGUUAUAGGUAGUCAUAAAUGCAUAGUAGAUUUACAAAAUUCUUAUC